AUGCAUUUGCAUUUAUCCAGCGAAACAGCCGCGACCGCAACAUCAGCAGUUGCCAUCAUCAGCAAUAGGACUUUAUAUACGGGCUCGACAGCAGCCGGAACAUCAGCCGUAUUAGCAGUGGCCCCCGUCAGCGUCAGCAUUGCCGGCCGUCUGACAGGCAACAGCGGCGUCAACGGUGUCAACGGAAGUGGAAGUCUUCGCAGCAUGGUCACAUCCUCGGUAUCGCCAACAGGAACAGGCUGGUCAACGCCGGCUGAUUACAAAAGCGCUAACUCGGCUGUAACAGCGGCUGCAGUCAUGUGCGAGGUGCUGCCUUUGAGUAGCGCCAGUGUUGGCAGCAGCUCACCAACAGGUGGCGCCAGCAAUGGCACCGCCAAUAGUACACAUAGUGGUAGCAAUAAAAAUAGCACUAAUAGUGUUAUUAACAACAACAACAACAACAACAACUCCCAUAACAACAACAAUAACAAUAAUGCUGUUCAUCAGGAUCUGUUGUGGAUGGAAAGGUUUGUGUUGGAAAGGCAACAGGAACAUCCUGGAGAAUUGGUUCGAACAAGUAAUCCGUAUUUUCUCUGCUCCGCUCUGCCCACCCACUGGCGUUCUAACAAGACGCUACCGUUGGCCUUCAAAGUGGUCGCCCUGGCGGACGUCGGCGAUGGCACGUAUGUGACGAUAAGGGCGGGAAACGAUGAGAACUGCUGCGCCGAAUUGCGGAACUACACGGCUCAGAUGAAGAAUGGUGUUGCCAAGUUUAAUGAUCUGCGUUUCGUGGGACGAAGCGGAAGAGGGAAAAGUUUCACGCUUACAAUUACCGUUGCAACAAGUCCGCCACAGGUGGCUACUUAUGCCAAAGCCAUCAAAGUUACUGUGGAUGGGCCAAGGGAACCGCGCUCUAAGACGAGUCCUCCUGGUGGUCCUCAGUUUAGAGCGAUGGGUCUGGGGCAACGGCCAUUUAUUGAUGGUUUUCCAAAAACUUUUCACGAAUUGGAAACACUGCGACGAUCAGCGAAGGUGGCUGCAGCCACGACAGCAGCGGCUGCUGUUGCGUCCGCUGCCGCGUCGGCUGUAAGUGCGGGCAAUGCGUUAACCACAAGUACGCAGCAACUGGGUAGCAAUUACUCAUCGUCAAAUAGUACAAUAAAUUCAGAUUGCCAGGUAUAUAAGCCUAAUGCGCCCCAAAUUCAAGAAUCCGAUAUGAUAGGUGCAGCCGAAUGGACAGGCUCGACCAGCUCUGGUGUUCCCUAUCAUCAUACGCAUCACAACCACACCCACUCGCAUUCGCACUCACACAGCCAACAACGCAUGGCAUUGCCACCGCCGCCUCCACCUCCAGCCGCAGCGCCAGUGCCGGUGGCGAGUGCAUCGGCCAUGAAUCAUUAUAGUAACGCUAUGGGAGGCUUCGAUGCAACCACGUUGGAUGCGGGCAAUUAUCAUAUAUCGACAAUGCUUCCGGAUAUACAUGGCUUUUCCGCCGAUCCAUAUCAAACGGCUGCAUCUGGUGGCUAUGGUGGUACUGGGUCCAAGUCAGAUCUGGAGUCAAUCAGCUAUGGGGCAACUCCAGCCGCUUACAACAAUGCAGCGGCCUGGUCCAAUGGCUAUAACAACUACCAAUAUGGUAGCUGUUCGGCAACAGCGGCACAAUACGGAGGAGCUGGUGGCCACGCAACUGCACCACCGCCGCCAGUGGUGCUGUACCCGCAACUCUACUCGACAGUCAAUCAAAAUCAGAUACACCUGCAUCUUCACAGCAGCGAGAAGUUUGAACAGUACCUUACUACGGACCAACAACUGACCAUUAGUUCGCUGGCCGGCAAUCGUUCCAGCAUUGAGAUUGGAUUAGGCACUGGUGGUGGUGGGGGUGGAGUUAACGGUGGCGUCGUCGUUGGCGAACAGGAACAGCAAGCGGCUGUCGCCAUUGCCGAACAGGCUUCGGAAGGUGCAACACAGAAUUAUCAUUUGCAUCAUCAUCAUCAUCCUCAUCCCCAUCCUCAUCCAGAGUCGCAGAGGCAGUUGGAGGCACAGCAGCAGCAGCAGCAGCAUCAGAACGACAUUAAUAGCGAAGCGUCGCGAGAAGAGGACGUUACCGAUUUGACGCAGGUCUGGCGCCCCUAUUGAAUCAAUCUCAUUUUAGCGCCUACUCCAGUGUCUCGCGCCCCUCUGCAUGUAGAACUGAACUACAACUAGACUAACCUUGUGUGUACAAUUCAAAAUACAUCGGUCUCUCUCCUCUACUUUUUUUUUACCUCGUAGCACCAUAAGCCCUGUAAAUAAUACCCCAUUAUAUACAUGUACAUAAAUAGUCAUGGACAAAAGCAUUGGCAAAUAUACAGUUCUCAAUGACAAAUUCAAAUAGAAAGCGUGCGUAACAAAGUAAAAAUUUUAUUAGAGCA